GCAGUGCGAGCUGUGGACCACUGGACAGCACACAGGGAAGGAACUGUGACGCGUUCGGAUCACCAAUGCAAAUGAGACUGACUACCCCUCUUCCCCCUCCCCCUCCUCCUCUUUCUUCACCACCUCCCCAUCAACCUCUCUCUCUCUCUCUCUCUCUCUCUCUCUCUCUCUCUCUCUCUCUCUCUCUCUCUCUCUCGAGCAACACACACUCGCAUUGAUCCUGACUGUGCCUUCUAUCGCCGUACCAGCCUUCCAGAGAGCGACGGAGACCAGCACAGGCAGGCUGAAAGAGACACACACACACACAGAGCCAGCUUAUAUAACAGCAGCUCUGGGAAAUGCUGGAGCCCAAGCCGAGCCGAGGAGACCUUCAGAGCCGGAAAAACAGCGCUGGAAACGGCAUCAACCGGACCGCACGGUGCAGGGAUGCAGCGCGCGACAGCCCUCUGCUGAAGGUAAGCCGCGUGCUUCAACAUCCUGUACUGUAAAUGGUGGAGGGUUUUUUUAAGAUGGAAGACCUCUGGGUUCUCAAAUAGAUGCUCCGUGUUUACUCUCGCUGUUUAUUAAUCUGUUUUUAGUCUCACACUUAUCCCGCAGCUGGAAAACAUACAGUGGUGAAUGUUUCUGCAGCAUUUUGCGCGAUUUUAUGCGUAAAAACGCGGAGCAGAGCUGAACUUGUGCACUCGGACUUGAUCAGAAAGAGUGCUCAUUGUGCAAACUGUUGCUUCCAUCCUCGGGAGCACCACCGCACCCCUACUUUUUACUGAGGAAGGGGGGGUGCACAGCCCUUCAGAGGAAAGGCCUGAGAUGAAAAGUAGAGCUGAAGGGCAUGACGGUGUGUGACGGCCACCGAGACAACUGGGCUUUAAUGGAUAUCAAUGGAUGUGCAGGGUCUGAGGUGUGCAAACAGAGCCGGUGUUGCAUGGAAACCUCUUCAGGCUGCAAGUGAGAUCAGCUGAGGCAAAAAAGAGACAUUGGUGACGGAACAAACAGACAGCAGUGGGUCAGUGCUCUGCCCCUGUCUUUAAAGUGACUAGAAAACAUUGACAGCACUUUUACGACCUCAUCAAUUAGACAUCUCGAACAUCUCGCUGUUGCCUUUCUGGGGGCAGCUCAGUGUGGCAGGUCACAAUCAGGAUUAUUUUGACUGAUUAUAAAACUCAUUUACUGAUUGAUUUGACAUCUGCAUUGUGUACAUUUGUUGAAACACUGAACAGAAACAAAACAAAACCAAACAAAAAAAUUGCUGAAAAGGGCCAAUGAAACUCUCUCUCUGUACGUGCCCAAACUCAUUUAAUGGAACUAUGGUUAUUGUGAGAUAAGGCAAUUUAAGAUCAUAAGCAUCAGGUGAGAAUUGAUUUAAUGACAAACUUAACGCUCUGCUUUGUUGACGACAUGUCCCCUCUUGGCUUCUUACUAUUCAGCUGUCUUCUGAUUGAUGGACUGCUUUAUGCACCAAACCAAUCAACAAACACAUUAGCAAGAAGCUAACAGGUUGUAUGUCCAAGGAUAUAAACAAAUACAACUUCACAGCUCCGUAUCUUUGGUAUGUAUAAAAUAACGGCUGUGUUAUUUUUUUUUUUUUACUUCUCUUUAUGUUUUUGCCAAGGUUUUGUUUACCACCUGGCUUCCUACAACACAUUUAUGCUGUUUUAACUUCAGUGUCACUGCCCAACUACGGAGCAUGUGCAGAGUGCUUAGACCAGCUUGAGUUUGAUUGAGGUGUGUAAGUGCAGCAGGAAUCUUUUCCCUGACCACCCUAUUUUAGUAUGUUAGACAGUCAAACCCCAAGAAAUUCAAUUUAGUGCAAUUUAAAAGUCUGGUUUCCAUCAGACAAAUUCAGUAACAUGUAAACAUAGUGUUGCAUAUUUCACGACUUCCACAUCUUUGCACUCCCAGACUUGUUGCACUUUGAUCUGAACUCCAAAUGGUGAAGUACUACAGCCCACUGACUCCUAGGUUUGUCUAUCCACCAGGAAAAUUGCCUGUGUGCCAGAUCACCAGUCCCUCUUUUUCCUCUUGAUACAUGUUGAGCAGAAGCAGAGCACAUACUCUGCUGUGGUUUAAGGAGGUGGACGACAUUCACAACAAAAGGAUAAAACGAGCACAACAGUCAUCGUUUAAUCUUGAUUAUUCUCAUGAUCAGGAAGCUGAAAUUGUCAUUAAAAUUGAAACUCCAUUAACCGCACCGCCCAAGCUUUUUCUUUCAACUCCUCACUGUUUCAUCUAAGGUCAAAGCCUUCCUGCAUUCUGCUUUGAUAAUCCUCAUUUCAUAAACUCCCUAAUGCUCGUAUCAGACAGUUUUUUAAUCACAUGAUGUCGUUUCACUGCAGAAACUCAGAUUAAGAUAUUGAAGCAGGGAGAGAUCUCCGGUGUAAAAAUAAAUAUAAUCUGACAGUGCAGGGAUUGAAUGCAUUGAGAGAGAAUCCAAUUUAAAGCAGAGGGGUUUGGUGUCAUUGAGUCGUUUCUCCCCUUUUUUUAUAAACCGGAUUAAUGUGACAGGAGAGCACACAGAGGAAACCGGAGCAGCCGAACAGGACUUGAGGCAGGGUUUUGAAUUAAAAACAAACGGCAGGAGUGAAAGCAGCGCAGCAGCAGACACCGGAGGGAUGUGUUGCAAGAUGCUGUAAGAAAGAAACACAAGCCCAUAUGUCAACAUGAGCUGUGCAUCUAAUCCUCCAGGCAUACACUUGCCUUUGAUCAUGCACACACAUACACACUUGUGCUUUAAAUCCAGCUGCUUGUGUUUUCUCUCUGUUUCCAGCUUUUCCCUGAGGGUCGUCCUGGAUUCAGUGACCACAGCCUUGGAUAUUAAACCCUCUCUGUGGUGACACAUCCAUUGUUCCUCUGCUGCUGCUGAUGAAGAACUGAGGCACUGUGUCAACACGGCUGCAGAUGCUGCAGGUCUUUCCCAGAUUAUGAAGUCGUAAGUGGGUUAUAGAUCUCCUCCCCUCUGGUCCAUGAGAUGGCUCUCCUCUGAGGUGAGAUACAGGAAGCAGGAUGGCAGCGCCCUUCUGCAGACUGCACUGCCUCCUGAAGCGGGCUCACAUGCUGCUGCUCUGUCUGGGCAUCGCCUACCUGAUGGCGGGCAGCAUCCUGCUCCUGCAGCGUUCCAGUGUCAGAGUCGCCCAGCAGAACCUCGCCAGUCUGCCGCCGCUGUUCUCCCUUGCAGCGCCUCCAACCGCCCUCAGGACUGCAGGUCUGGGCGUCAGGGCGCGCUCCAGAUGGGCCGUUCAGCCUGUUUAUGGAGGGGGAGCCAAAGCAGCGAGACACUGGCCCUCGUCCCAAAGCCUGGGGGUCCAACACUUGCAUCGCCGCUGGUUUCACAAUCUGCUGCCAGAGAGUCCAGAGCAGAAAGUCUCUCUCCACAAGAACAGCAAACAUAAAGGUAAAUAACACGCCAGACUACUCAGAUAUUUAUGAAGACACAUUCGGUAAAUAAAACGACACAGUCGGGUGGAGGAGUUAGCUUUGUCUACACGUAGAGGUGGCUCUGUUUUCUCUUAAUGUCCAGGUCAGGAACUUCUGAGGAAGAGGGGAGUAGUGUCAUCAAGAUGUGCUUUAAGUCAUAUUUAUAAACAGAAUGCUUCUCUAAAUUAUGUGUUUUAAUUCUAGAGGGUUCAAGUAGCAAGGCUCUAAAUUUUGGAGAGUUUUGCCUCCAGAGUUUUGUUAGUUCCUAUUAAUCUUUCAGGAUUGGAGAGAAGUUUACAGUCCGCAAGAAUUUUGCAAUUCAAAAAGGAGUUUGCAAACUUUAGAGAGUGGAGUAAAAGAGUAUUUUAUCAGCUUGAACUGCUCUCUUUAAAGUAGUGAAGUUUGCGAAGCAGUCAGAGUUGGGGCCAGUCUAACAUCAUCUGGGAGAUUUUUCCAGGUCUGUGCUGCAAAAAACAAAACAGCCUGUUUUUUAUGUUCAUUUGUUCCAUUCGGAUGAGCUUUUGUUCUAUUUUCAGUCAUAUAUAAGAUACUUUUGCUUUGGUUUGUGAUAUAUAUUUUUUUAAAUUAUGAUUCAUCCUUUUAAAGCUCCAGUAAUGAAUUUUCAAUUUGUGCCCAUUUUUGCAUCCCAUAUGGAGAAAACAGUCUUUGCUAUCUUGUCCUCUAUGUGCUUUGAUUUUGACUUUUGUCCAAAAAAAUCUCCCUGUUCUGGCUUUUGACAGUCAAAUGUGUCAUUGUGAAUAUUUUACCCAGACAGUGUGGAAACAGAGCUGUUUCCUGUUCAGCUGACACAUAACCCCUCACACUGAUUGUAGGUAGGGCUGGGCGAUAAAACGAUAACGAUAUAUAUCGAAAAUUAAUUUCCCUCAAUAUCAAUAUAAAACAUAGUCAAUAUCCUUUUCGAUAGUCGGCAUUCUACCAUGUUUUGGUAGACUAUAUGAAUAGCCAAUGAAAAGGGGAGUUGCUCUGGGUCUACUUCAUGCUGAACCAAUCAUGUGCUAAAUUAGAACCAAGUAGCAAACGACUGUGUAGUCGCAGGCUGUAGCUACAAGCAAACUGUAGCACUUUAACACGUGAAGCUGACAGCACUGUCUUAAAAAAAAAAAAAAUGAGUGCUACCCCCCGCAGAAGUGCAGAUGACAACUCAACAGAUGAUGACAUCGUUGACUACACUGGCACAAAAACAUUGAUGGUGUGGAGGUAUUUUGGUUUUUUGAGGUCAGUAAUGUCAGUAAGUAAUGUCAGGUCAGUAAUGAGUACAUGUUCUCGCAAAGUCGGGGGAAUACCUCGAAUCAUUUUCACCACCUAAAGCAUUGCCAUGCAGCAGGGCACGUGCAAUGUAAAAGGUUACAAACCCCGAGCGGACUAAGGAGCCCAUGGCGCCUGUGCAGCCAAAACAGCCGACCAUUCAGUCCGCUUUCUCUAGCACAACGCCUGAUAACAAAAAGUCAAAGAGAAACAAAGACCUCACAGAUGCAGUAGUUUAUUGUAUUGCAAAUGACCUGCUAUCAAUAAGCACUGUUAAAUUUCAUUUUUUUAUAGCGUGAUAUAUAUCGAUAUCGACUGAUAUGAAAUAAAUGUAUUGUGAUAAACUUUUUCCCAUAUUGCCCAGCCCCAAUUGUAGGCAUUAAAAACGGCAUUAAAAAAUCUGGUCCCUGAUGGUCUUAUAAAUGUCAGUUUUCAUAAAUGUCAAAACUUCUGAUACAUGCUUUAAGAAAGAAUAUUUAUUUUCACAAGAAGAAAAAAAACCUUGUCACGGUUAACAGUUCAUCUAUGAGGGACUAAAUGUUUCAAAGAUUAAAGCCCUUGUAAGGAGUUUUUUUAUGUUGAUAAAAUAGAAGUUCAUACUGAUGCCUUUUCAUGAUCGCUAAAGGCAAACAAGACCAUCAGCAAUAAGACUGAUGAUUUUAUAUUCUAAUCUUUAAAGGAAUUAAUCAGUAUGAUGGGGUAGGUGUUAGCUGAGCAGAUAAAAACAGCCCUGUUUUUACAUAGUCUGUAUAAAAUAUCCAAACGAAAUGAUACAUUUGAUGAUUAAAAAAAUUAGCAGGAUGAUUUUCUUUGUCAAAAGUCACUUCUUAAGUAAAGGACAAGAUAAGUAAAGAUAGUUUUGACCACAGGGGGCACCAAAGUCGAAAUAGUCAAAGUUCCUUACUGGAGCCUUAAGUCAGGCUAAGAAUUGUUAAUAUUUCCUCCUAUUUUGUUUCUCAAAAAAAAAAAAAAAAAAAAAAAAAAGAAACAAAAGAAAAAAAAUAAGGAGUCAGUAUCAAGAAUUAGUAUGAACCUGACGUAAUAUUCAGAUUAGGGAUCAGUAACACUGAAGUAGUGCCCCACACAAAUGCCAGGGUCAGACUACAUAGUUUAAGCACAGAUAUAGUCUGAUCCAGUAGAAGCAAGGCGCCGGUUCCUGUCUGCAUCCAAAAUUUAUAUUCCGUUUGGUGCGUCAUUUGUAUAUUUAUUUACAGUUUAUGGGCUCUAUUUUCGUGUCCGCCACUGAGGUGGCAAAGGGUUGCGGACCCCGCGCAGUGGUAUUUUUGUCUGGCGGAGCCCAGCGUGAAGCCAGUUUGGUAUUUUCGUGGACUGAGGCGCAUGGAGACCCGCCAAGCUGGGCGUGGUGGCGUGGCAGAGGGAGGUGUCGACAGAAUCAGCGGGCGCAGUGACAUUUUCGUGCUCUCAUGAGAGCAACAAGUGUCACAGCGCUUACUGUGACACUUGUUGAGGGGCUGCCUUCUGUCGCCAUCGUGUGGCGUUACUGUCUUCAGACAUCUCUUGAUCUCUUUGACAACUUCACGAAAAUAGUAAUACUCCUCGCCGGUGGCGGAUUUAAAGGCGAGGAGAGGAGCUGAUUUUAUUGGUCAAUACAGGUCUCGGCUGCGUUAAACCCACUGCACGCCCUCUCUCCUCCCUCGCUACGACUUACGCUGCUGGGAGAAGCUGAGUUAGGGAGGGGGGAUACUUACGCCGGGCUGUGCCAUUCACCAAAAUACUAAAUUGUGCUCGGGAACGCCUUGUCGGCGCGGUGGACCUGACUUACGCCUCGCCUGCGGCAUGUCUCUGGCGAGGCAUGAAAAUAGAGCCCUAUAUGUGAAUGACAGCUACAAUAUACAUAGAUAAUCAUGAGCCUUUGUGACUUUGAAAGGUAAAAAUAGUAAGUUAAAAGUAAGAAAGUAAAUAAAGGUAACCUGGGUUAGCCAAAUUUAUGGCUCUGUGAUCAUCAAAUGUGUCAGAGUGAUCAUUGUGACGGACAACAAGAUUGUGUAGUCCCAGUUCAGCUCAGGAGUGCAGUUGCUGAUUGAGAGAUUUAAGGAAAGGGAGGGAUGUGGAUGACUGUUCUCUGCGAGGAAUCAGCUCAUGUUCACUGAUUUUUUCUCGCUCAAAAUUAUGUAUUAGAGCUGAAAAAACUGACAGAACAAUUUUUCCUUUUAUGCAAACUGUUAUCUGUCUAACUGAAGCUCAUCCUCAUGUUUUAACUCAUGAAGUGUAGCAUUGGAGUUCUGUUGAUCCAUGAACAUUUUAUUUUAAAUUAUGAGUUUGUCUUAAUGGUUCAGCCCAUUGACCUGUUGUACCCAUCACAACAUCCAAGUUGAAAAAAAGAGUAACAGCUGCUCCUCCAAAACAUGACCAGUGUCUCAAAACUGGUGCAGAGAGUCUAAGGAGGAGGAGUAAAGUGAGGUUGUUGUCAAUGCUAUUGACAACCAACACACCCAUUGUCUUGGGGUAAUAUUUGUAAUAAACUGGCACGACACAAAUUAGAUAAAUGGACUAAACUGACUGGCUGAGCCAUUACAAGCUGUCUGUUGCAGCAUAUGCUGGUUGCGCUUCUUCCAGCAAGUAUGAAAAAAAAAAGAACUUAAAAGUUCCCAUUUAUUUCUACCUAACAGUUAAAAGAACCAAACACCUGGUGUUUAUGUAAACAUGUGACACUCAGUCACAGCUUGCCUCGUCUGAGUGAAGCUUUAAGGACAUGACAGUGAUAGUCAGCUGAACAGUUUUCAUCCAGCUGACGAGUGUUACACAAAUACUGAAGUCCGAUUUUUCCUCACAUACUGCAGCAGGGUGAUCAGGGUGUAUUAAAUCUUUUGAGAUCAAGCAGUGGCUGAAACAUGAGUCAACACAACUGCAAUGAGCCAAAAAGUGUAGUUUCACCUGCGACCACAAGGGGGCUGGUUCAAAGUGAGUCAGUGAGGCACCGUUUGGGAAUGUCACGCUGGCAGUAUAGAUGAAUUUAAAGCUAUGAACAAAACCUCUUUUUUUUACAAAGCUGAUUGUAGCAGCUUGGGCGCUUCAACAACUCUAGUUGUCCUCAGCUGUUGAGCUCAAGUCCUCUAGAUGAUUCACAUUCCUCACUUUAGUGCAGCAACUGGCUGCUCUUCUGACAGUUUUCUACCUGCUAUAGUUAUUUUAAUUGUAGGCUUUUUUCAUGACUUCUUUCUCAUAAAAUUAAAGCUUUUCCGCAUAAGGUUAUGGCUUUAUUCUAACAAAGUAAUGACAACAUUUGAGAAAUGAUUCUCUUAAAUGUUUGUAUAUCUUAAAUGUCUCCUAAAUAACCUAUUUUUUCAUACAUUUACAAUCCAUGAUAUUUACAUCUUUAUUUGCAUUUGUAUUCUUCUAAACUUAUGUACUUUUCAUAAAGAAAUAACUUUAAAUUGUGGUGUAGAAAUUUAUUUUGGAAAACUGCAACUUGAUUCCUGACUUCUUCCCUCAGGACAUUAUCCUUAUAAAUAUUGGUAUCCAUUCAACGGAAGUGCAUUGCAUUCACUGGAUGAAAAAACAAACAAACAACAACAUAAAAAAAAAAAAAAACUUAUUUUAUAAUUACAAGCUCAGAUGUCUAAUUUCGUUUUUCAUCCAGUGAAUGCAAUGUGCUUCCAUACUAUCUUUAUUAAUUUACUUUUUUCUGUAAUCAGUGACUUGUCAUGCAAAUUGAGAGUUUGUUCUCUAAAUGUUAAACAUAGUUCAUGUAAAUUUAUAAUUUUCUUAUAAACUGAUGACUUUUUUCUCUUUUAUUCUCAUAAAAUUGUGACUUUAUUAUGGUCAUUUAUGACUUUAUUCACCACAUUUCACAGUUUUUCUCAAUGUCCCCCAAGGUCUUUUUCCUGAACAACACCUGGAGGGGCCUUUUCUUUAAAAAAAAAAAAGUAUUUUCCUGUUUAAUUACUCCUGUUUAAAUACUUAAACUCAUGCACCUUUCUUGUUUUCUAGUUUAAGGCUGUUACAUCAGCUUUUCACUGUAGAGAUAACCGCAUUCCAAAUAACCUCAGUCAGCAGUCCACACAAGUUUAAACAUAUUCUGUGGGAAACUUUAUGGUAAAUAAGCUCAUAACUGAGCCGCAGGCACAGACUGGUUAGCACUGAUAAUCUGUCAUUGUUGCUAACCUGCUCCUCUCUUCCUCUGUCUACUUGCUGCCAAAAUAACAAAUGCGUGGCUUGGUAAGAGUAGUGGACAAAUCAGUGGGGGAUAUCACAGUGACUACAUGCAUUAUUUAUACAGUCCAUCUGUUCAGCUGUUAAGUUGUGCUUUAAUUACAAUUUGAUGAGCUUCUUCUUGUUUGCUUUUCUAAAAUACUGUCAAAACUCAUGUACCAUGACAGUCUGGUCAUGACAACUUAUACAAUUAAAUCGAUUAUGAACUGACCAGGUACACCUGCAGAAGAGAUUUUCCUCCCUUUUCAUAAAAAAACUGGUCUUAAAAUGCAUCAGCUUUUGUCUGAAAACAUUGUAGACUCUUUGUCUGCAUCACUUCGUUUACUUAUACACAUUAUCUUAAUCAUCUUGAUAUGAAAUACAGAUUUGUUAGUUAUCAGACAAAAUUAUAUUUUUGUCAACUUAGCGGCACCUUCAGUCAGACAGAGUAGUACCAAACUCUUAACCCAAAGGUAUAUUUAGUGAUAUUAAGUGGCCAGAGUUUAGAUUGGAUGCCCCUUUCAUGUGUAUCAGUUCAAAAUAUCAUUGAUUAGUCUCACUAACUACUUAUAAACAGUUUCAGUGUUGGCCCUGAAAAUCCAAUAUCAGUCAACGCCUUGUUAUUUUAUUUGAAGCUGUUGUAAACAUGAGCAGUUUAAAACAAUAGUAAUAAUAAUAAUAAUAAUAACUAGCACCCCACGGGGCACCAAUGGGCCCGAGCUGUGUCACACCACCACCUCUGUGGACCGCCUCCCCUUUUUUUCGUCCUGGGGUCCAACAUAUGUGUCAUUGAUUACAAAGGUUUGGGUCACACACAAAAGCAAGGCUUACAUUUUGAAUUUUUUAGGGGGCGCUAUGUAGCCAUUUUUGGUUGGAUCUCUAUUUUGACAUUGGAGCCCUCAAGAUGACACCCCUCCUGAUCUGUGUACCAGAUUUCACACGCAUAUCUUUAGCAAUAUCACAGAUCGCUAUUUCUUUUGGGGAAAUUUCAUCGCGCCACCUAGAUGCAGUUUAAUGAAACAAGGUGCUGAUUCUCAAUCCUAUCUGAUACCCCAUCAGGUAUGUCCUGAACAAAUCUCAGCUGCAUACCAUCAAUGAAGAAGGAGUUACAGGCCAUUAACCAAAAAACGCAUUCCCCUCUGCCACCAAGUGGUGCUACAACAUACGGACAAAAGUUUGAUCAAAUUGUCCGGUGCUGGACCGUUAUCAAACGAUCAAAAUCUGGUGGAGGUCGAACCAGUGUAUGGGGAGUUAAACAGGAAACUCUGUGAGCAUGAAAACUGUAGGGUGCGCUAGCGAGUCAUUUUUUUAAUGUAUAUAAGGGCAUGGCAAAAUACUCAAAUUUAGCCAGGCCCAACCCACUUGCCAAAUUUCAGGAGUAUUUGAUUCCGCCUAGAAGGUGUAAAAGUUGAAAAAAGUUUCAAAGUAAAUAAAAGGCCUAAAAGGUUAAUUAGGAAAAGUCUGUAAGAAUAAUAAAAGCUAGAAAGACAGUAAAGCUGGAAUAACAUAGAGGUAAAAGAGAUAAAAGAUGAAGGAUGGUAUCACACAAAAGAAAGUCUGUAAAAGUGAAUUUUUAAAAUGGGUUUCAAUGGGGGAUUGGGGGACUUUUGGAGCCACCCUCUAGUGGACACACAAGGUACUGCAGGUUUUUACAUAAACCCUAACUACAGACACUGCUGCUUGGUCUCCAGAUGAAAUGUUUUGUGAAAACCUGCGGAAGUGCUUUUAGUUGAUGCUGCUGGGACUUUAACUGAAAACCAGAACCACCUUGAAACCUAAAUUCCAGUCCAGUGCUUUUUUUUCAGACUGUGCUUAUUGAACACACAGAUUAGCCAAAAAGCAGAUAUUAUCACAGAGUAGGUUAUAGAGUUUUCACCUCUGACAGGUUAUGUUGUCUGUCAUAGAGCAGUGAAAGGGAUCCAGGCUCUUAGGUGUUAACAGAGACGAUGAUAUUCCGGGUGAAUAAAAUAUGAAGAAGCAAAUAUACACAUGUAUUUUCUCUUGUGAUUUUUCUCUUUAGCUCAGAGGCACUGCAGCCGAGGUCAUACACUCUGUUUCCAUAGCAAACUCACAACAGGCUUCAUCGUAGAUUUAUGAUCAGGUAACCAUCCUGAGAAUAUUUAGAGGAGGUUCAUUAUAUAUUUAUGUGACAUUUCAUGCUUGGGUGCGUCGCAUCUCGCAGUUGAGGGACAGAGCUCACUGAUUCUCUGAAAAGCAGACAGAAAGAGACAGGCAGGCUCCAAAGUAGUUCAGGAACAUGAAUUAUCGAGAUCAAAACGAUAUGUUAAAACAUCCCUGGAGAUUUGGUCUAAUGUUGAAGGCUGUCUGUUAGAGUCUGUGCCGUUUUGCUGAAAUGAUAAAUACACUAGAAUCACCUCCAGAGGAACAUUUGUUCUUCCAGCUCCUUCCUGAAAAGCAUCCUACAAGAGCUCCCUAAUCCUUCUUUUAAACAGACGCUACAGAGCUGCUCAGUCACUAAGUAGGCUAAUACUGAUGAAAAAUGUUGGAGGCAGCAAUGAGAUGAGUUUCAGCAGCAGCCAUCUGGCUGAAGUUUCCUUUAAAAAGUACAACACAGGACACAGAAAUAAACUAGUACUGCCUGUUUCACCACACGGCCAAGAGGAGAAAGCAGGGGGAAGUUUGAGCAAAAAAUUCAGGACCCAGAUAUUUGAUACCAUUCAUUAAUCUUUUCACUUCACAUGAGCAACAAAAAACACAUUUAUCAGCUUUGAAUUUGUGCUUAAAAAGAUUAAUGGAUAACAAUCUUUGAGAGGAUUUUACUGAAAAAAAAAAAAAAAAACGCUUUAAUACACUUUUGCUCGCCUGCUAUCAGUCAGUUGACAAUUUUUCUGAAAUUUGUUCUUAGGAAAAGUCAAAAAGUGUGAGUCAGAUGCAUGAACCUGUUCUCCAGCCUCAGAUUGAUCACCUGUGUUCUAGAAUUCAUAAACACCACUUCUCUGUAAGUAUGAGGUUUUAAAAAGUUGUUCAUAAAAGCAGAGAAAAAUACCUCCCUAUGCCUGAAAACUGGCAAGAAACUGCAGGUCACUCAAUCCAAUCCACUUAUUUAGAGGGCGCAUCGUGCCCAACAACAACAUUUACCAAAGUGCUGCACAGCAGGACUACAAAAGCAGAAAUAAAAAAAGGCACUGAAAUACAUAAAACUAUUAAAGCAAAGGACACAAGGUAAAAACAUACAACAGAAUAAACAAAGCAUGUAAAAGCCAGUAAAACACACAACAACAGUAAAAUGAAUAAUAUGAAGAACAGGUUAAAGGGGGUUAAAGCUCCUGUGAGGAACUGUCUGUUUGUGUGUCAGCUUUGGCGCCCCCUGUGGAAAAAAAUAAGCCUCAUACAUCUGUACUAGUGUGGUCCUGCUUUAGGAAAGGUGUAAAGUUGUUUCUUCAGAGUGCUGUAAAUUGUGUUAUCAUGUGCCUACCUCCAGCUGCCCAGGUGUUGAAAAUUGCUUCAAAAUAUUGUCAUUCCUGUCACUUAUGGUCCUGUUAGCCUCUGAAGGUCAUCAGGAUCAAUCACUGUUAAUUUUAGCCUGUGUCAUGACUGAUCAUAAAAUCCUUAUUGAGGCUUAAAAAGCCAAAGACAAAAAAAAAAAGUUUUAAGAUGUGUUAGGACAAAGACACUUUUGUUAGGGAGCAACUUUUCCCACUGUUUUAGGGGCCACAGCAGGGAAGGCACAGUCACCCCUGGUCUUCAGUCAUGACUGAGGGACUACAACAAGCAGCUGAUCAGCGAGGAGUGUAGACGUGGAUAUCUUGGGGCUAAUCCACGUAGGGGUGAUACGCUCUUACUUUAAUGUACUGUUUAAAAGGUGAGAGUACAUUCCAGACCAGUUAUAUGCCAGAUUAAGGGGUUUAGUUCACACCAACAAAAAGUGCAAUAUAGCCGUUCAAACUAGUGCAAACAAAAGCAUUCAGCACCAUAAACAUAAUGCAUUACAGAUUACAUCAUGCACUAAACUUCAAUAUGGAAAACUUGAAUACCUCUGAAAAAGUGAUUAUGCAACAUUAAAGAGGCUGAUAUUAUUAUUUUCUUAUUAUAUUUAGUAGCAUUAGAGGUCAAUAUUAAAUAUACAGUACAGAGGCAUUAGUCGAUCUUUAGAGGAUGCUGUCAAAAGAAAAUGACACACACCAAAGGGAGUGAAAUAAGGUAUUUUAAUCCCUUAUUUAGGAAAAAUCACCAGAAACAGAGGAAAGUGAUAAAAGAGAGACUUCGAUUCAAAUAAGUGUAUUUAUAAUGUCUAGUAAAAAUAUCCUGUUAGACUGAAGUUAGACACAUCAGCCUGACAAGACCAGAUAAAAGCGACUCUAAAUGAUUUUGCCAUGGGUGUCUUUAAACAGAGUAUGGUAAAAGAGAAACCCACAAAGAGACCUAUCUGUUUGUUAAAUAUUAUAAUUAAUGAAUAAAGACAUUAAGAAACAAAUCUACCAUAACUUUUUCAAUGAGAAAACAUAAAUGUAGACUACAAUAACCAACAACUUACAACAAACCUAAAACAUGUUUAACAUGAAGAAAAAAGGAUUACAGAUGGAUAAUAACUGAUCCCCCAAAACAGACCCAAUCACCUGUUCUUCAUUUACAAACACAUUUAAAAAUAGAUGAACACAGACCAAACAACGAGGGUGAUAUGAAAAAAUCAUCCAGAACCAGAGAAAAGAAGGUAACUUUAAACACACAUUAUCAUGUCUGAAAUUAAGGAUUUAUACUUAUGCAAGAUAAAAAGGAUGUUAAAAACAGAUUUAAACACACAGUAGGAGAUAUGGAAACCAAUUACAGAAAAAGAGAAAACAUGAAAUCUAUGAACAAAUAUAACUUAGGUUUAACAUGAAGGAAACACAUCCAAAUGUGAGAGGAUUGCACCUAAAACGGACCUGGACUUUUGGAUAAAGAAUCUUUUUUUUUAGAAAAGACAAUGAAUGUUCCAUUUAAACAGACCUGAAUGUCUAUUUUACAUAAGAGCAACAAAUUUAAAAACAGAUGAUAACAGGUUUCUGAAAACAAACCUACAGAAAAAGACAACAAAUUCUGAACAGACCUAACAGCUUUACAAGGAUAUGAAACAGGCUGUUCACAAAAGGGUACCUUAAAACAGACAUAACCAUGUUUUUUUUACAGAAAAAAGAAAACAUAAUUUGAAACGGAAUUGUUUUAUAAUCAUAAACAUUCAGAAAAAGAAGAUCCAGGGUCAUGUAAAGCUGACCUUAACGUUUUACAGACAUGAAGAACAAACAUUUUGAAACAGAAGGCAGCUCAAAUGACCAAACAACACAAGAUAUGACAGAAACACACGUUAGGACAGAAUGAAGAGUUCCUUAAAACAGACCUGAAAAUGAGUUAGUAUAAUAGAAAACAGUUUUCUGAAAAUGAAGCAGCUGAUGUACAGUAACUUUAACAGAAACUACAGCCUCAUGAUAACACUGCUUUUACAUAAUAUAGGUUUAAACUCAAAGAGAGUUCACAACUUUAACAAAAAUAUUACACAAACUGCUGUGUCAGGAUAUGACAGGACUUUAACCAAGGUGAAUAACAUUCUUGUCAGUGCCCUCCUGUGGACAAAAUAGGUGCUAGGUUGUAUUGUUACGUGAAACACAUUGUUAGCAGGUUGUAAUGCAACUUUUUUUUUUUUAAUUUCUUUAAGUUAUGUAUAGUAAGUGUUGUUAUCCAUACCAUACUGUAAUGUUAGCUCUUAACUUAGAGGGUUUGGAUAGAAGAAUAUUUUUAAAAGAAAGAUAGAAACCACAAAAUCACCAUAACCCGCAGGUCUAAACACAAACCGGCUCCAUCCUUCUGUAAUUAAAACACCUAGGGCUCUAUUUUCGUGCCUUGCCGGAAACGUGCCGUAGGCGUGGCAUAAGUCAGGUCCGCCGACAAGGCGUUCCCAAGCACAAUUUGGUAUUUUUGUGAGUGGCGCAGCCCGGCGUAAGUAUCCCCCCUCCCUAACUCAGCUCCUCCCAGAGGCGUAAGUCGUAGCGAGGGAGGAGAGAGGGCGUGGAGUGGGUUUAACACAGCCAAGACCUGUAUUGACCAAUAACAUCAGCUCCUCUCCUCGCCUUUAAAUACGCCACCGGCGAGGCGUAUUACUAUUUUCAUGAAGUAGUCAAAGAGAUCAAGAGAUAGCUGAAAACAACAAUGCCACACGAUGGCGACAGAAGGCAGCCCCUCAACAAGUGUCGCUGUAAACGCUGCAGAGAACGUCCUUCACACCGUCUCAUGUGAGUACAGAUGGAUUUGGUGUGUGUAAUGUUGGACCCACUGGUAAGACAAACACCCUUUUCCACAAAUAAAGACACUCACAUAAAGUUGCAAUUAUUCAAAUCUCACGUGACAAAGGUGGGUUGUGCGCACAGAUCACAACAUAAAUUCCAAAAAUGGCAUUAAAAUCGGAACCAUCUGUGUGUAAUUGAUGCAUGGCGCUCCGUGGCCUUGCUCUUUCUUUCAUAGAUGUUAGCAUAUAAAUAAACUUGGCUAACAUUGAAUAUAAUAAUAUUCGUAUGUAGGCUUAAAGUAAAUAACUCAUCUGAUCACUGUUACAAAUCAUCUGCUUAGCCGCUGCAGCAGCAGCUGCAGCAGGACAGAGAGAGGACACGGAGACACGUCCAGGUCGAGCUGCGCGAGAAAAAGGGGAAGAAAGACAAGGAGGGAGACAAAUUACAUAUCUUGUUAACUUCAUCAUGUGUGUCUAUUUACCAGAUAUUUAGUUUAAUUUGAUGCAGUUUCAGCUGUGUUGAUUUGGUCAGGUUGUGUGUCCAAACGCGUGCCGAACCCGCUCAUCAGAUCAGAUAUAGAUCAGAAUAUAUCGAUAUAGAUCUAAAUGUAUGUGCUGACUCAGAUUAUUAGUUGUUGAUGUUUAUUUAUUGCACUGAUUGUGCCUGACACUGUGGAAACCUGCCGGUGAGGCAUCGGUGACGUAUGCCGAUAUGCUGAUACGCCGCCGGUCUACCAAAAUAGACCAGCUGCGCUCCGCCUGCGCUGAAAGCUGACCAGGUUUGAAUCGGCGAGCUUUCAGCGCACUUUAUACGCCGGUGGCGAGCACGAAAAUGUCACUGCGGCAGCUGAUUCUGUCGACACACCCCCUGCCACGCCACCACGCCCAGCUUGGCGGAUCUAGGUGUGCCUCAGUCCAUGAAAAUACCAAACUGGCUGUACGCCGGGCUCCGCCAGACGAAAAUACCACUGAGCGGGGUCCACCACCCUCCACCGCCUCACCGGCGGACACGAAAAUAGAGCCCCUACUGUUUAUAUCAAACCUUAUUGUUUUUCAUUCAGUCUGGACUCUCAGCAGCAGACAACAGUGGGACAGUCUGCCUGUUCCCCUCAAUUUCAGAUAGUUACACAGAGAGAAACCAUUUCUAUUCAGAGGUUUCACAAUAAGUGAGUGAGAUUUGGGAGGUUUUGAGUCUGCUCCUGAAAACUUCCGUCCCCCUCAGGGAUGAGUCACACACUCCUUGAUAUGUCAAGUUCACAUCUGGAGUAUCUAAGAAGCUAAGAAGACUAACAUCUGUGAGGAUGUUACAGACCCUGCAGUGAGACUGUGAACUCUCCUCAGCCCACUCUAAUGGACACACAUGGUGCACACGCUUCCUGUGGCGGCUGCACAUGUCCUCGUUCUCAGCCGCCGUGUCUUCAGCUCCUCCAUCCUGUCCUGCAGGGAGGAAUGGGCUCAGCGCAGCCAUCUGUCUUAGUGUUUGAGAAGGCGACACAGCGUCAGGCCUAAGUGCACUGCUUUCUAUCAUGUCUGGGAAUUCAAGCUGCUUCCCUCCAUUAACCCCGAGCUGCAGCUGCCUGAGGCCUCUCCCUCUCUUUGAUUAAAGAAAUGACCCUCCAUGCCGGGUGGGUGAGGGGAAGUGUGGGGUAGGGGCUCACCUUGAUGGCGCCUCUUGAGAUGCUUCCUGCUGCAGGUCGUGGUCGGCGUCCUCGUAUUUUCAGCUGCUGUUUGCUGUUUGUUCCUCCUGAAGCUCGGUGACUCAGCUCUGCCUGACACAAGCGGCUGGACGGGCUUCAGAGGACGCCGCUCGCUGAUUGAAUCAUGAAUUCGAUAUGCUGAUGCACGGCCUGCCAGAGAUUUCACGCUCCAUUGCUGGCUUCCAUCUUGUCAGUGCACCUUACCACCGCUUCUCUUCAAUCCUUGUCACAUGUACCCCUCCAACUCCUUUUAAUCUUCUUUGACCAGCUGGCACCAGUCUUUAUUUUUAAUGCUGGUUGUAAAUAUUAAAAAGCAGAAGCUGAGUCCUUGGCGUCCUUGAAACUUCCAUGAGUGCCUUACUCGUGUUUGUGAAACCAGCCUAUUGGCAGACUAUCUGCCAUCUGCAUGAAGAAUGAAGCAGACCUGUUGCAGGUGUGGAGGUUUCUUUUCAACAUUAUUGAGCUUAUACCGAAUGCUUGGUGGGGUAAUCUUCCAGGUGAUAUUGAGCUUCAAUCUGCCUCUUUUUUUCUCUCCAUGGACUUUUUCAGGCCCAAAAAAUAUUUUGGUUACAGAUGACAAAAAAAGUUACAGGAGCAGGAUGCCAAGAACCGUCAUGAUUGAGAAAAAAAAGUCAACAACUGGUGACGCCACAUUUCUAUACUAAACUGUCCCUUGGUGAAAGCUGCUAAUGCAUAUCAUGUUUUCAAUAUGCUGAAUUGCUGUGUUCAUCACUGUUUUCUAGAAUGGUGUCCAUCAGUAUUUUUUAUAUCAGUAUAUUUAUAUGAAGUCAACUUUUCCAGUUAUAUUUUUGAACGACUAAAAAAGCAUGUGCUAGUUACUGAUGUAUCAGCGACUGAUAUGCUUUCAUAUUUCUGGUUGGUAACUAUGGCAAUAGUGCCUCAAAGCGUUUCCCCUGUUUUACUUUGGUAAUAAGGCUAAGGUUGGCCCAUGGCCCAAAAGAUUUAACACUAGAAAUCCAAUAUUCCUCUUUACGCCGCCUCAGUUUCUGAUUUAGAGGUUCCAAUGACCUUCAAUAAACACGAUGUCAUCCGAUCAAACAACAGAAAAUAUGUGCAAUGUGAAUUACAUAUUGCACACGUGAACAUUUUUGAUAACAGCCACCAUUCAGUCUUGAUGCAUUUAACCAAAGUUGUCGAUAUUGUUAUCCUGCUAAAUAGAAGCAUAAUUCCCUGACCAGUGUUGUAAAAGUUUACACUAAAGCUAGCUUAAAAUUUAGUUCACACCGAGCAAAAUUGAAUUUGUUCACAUUUAUAGUUCAUUUGUUUUGAAGUUAGUUCAUAGUCCAAAAACUGAAACUAGUUUGUAUUUAUUUUGUUUCAGCUGCAGCUUACUUUUAUCUGUAUGCAGAGCCUCCUAGACUGUAAAAUUACUCAGUUUAGAAACCACGGAAAUUUUCAUUUAGGUUUUUUUUUUCAAUUAAACGUGGGAAAAAUCUGCAGAUUUAAAAAACAAUUGAAACAACUAUUAUUUAAAGAAGACACAAAUUUAGGUAGCUAAAGGUUCUGACUUUUAACCCACAUACACAGGAAGAAUACACUGCCUCGUCACUGACAAUGUGGGGGAGAAGGUUUUCACAUACUCUUAAAUAAAACAGCUGAAGGUUUAAAAAAACUCUGAACAGUAAUUACUCUCCAGUCUCAAAAAGUUUAGCAGAGCUGGUUUCAUCUGCACUGCUUACUACAUCUGACCAUGACAGAAGCGAGAAGCAGCAGGUGCUGUACAUUUGAAUUUGGCUGCUGUAACACAGCAUUCAGUAACACAAUGCCUCUUGGAUCCUCCCAAAAAGUGAGCAACUAUUUACAAACUCCAGAGUAACUAAACAUGAGUUGAAAAAUAAGCUGCUUAGUUCACUUUUGACCAAAAUGUGAUUUUGUUCAAUGAACACACUCAUUUUAUCGUGUUCAUUGAACAACACUAACUUAAUAUCAAUGGUCCUUCACACUGGGUACCACAUGUGAUAAAACCAUAGAUUGUAAAUACUAUGGACAACUUGGUUCCGCCUUCCGUCAUUAUGGAAAUUGGAGCCGAAUUGCUCUUGGUAUUUCCAGUUUUUUUUUUCACUUCCUGAAACCAACAUUGCGCAAUUGCGUUGUACACAUUCCGUGGGAGAGUCACCGAGAGUCGCUGUGGUGACGCUUGACUCAAACAGCUUAUCCCCCGGGUGAGCUACUCAAUCUUCGUAUGCUCAUAGUCUGUAUCAAGUGUCAAUCCUAGAAAACAUGAACCCCCUAAUAACUUUUAAAAAUGGAGCUGCACAGAAAACAGAGGACUUGAGCACAAACCAGUCUUACAAUAACUAAAUGUCAACAUCGCAAGCAGGGGGGAGAAAAAAAUAUAUUCUGUGUAAUACAUUUCUAAAGUUUGUCCACAGCUCCUGGAUGGCUGGAGGAGGUGGGAUUUAUGAGCUAUACUGCAGCCUGUCACCAGAGGGUGCUGUUCUCACAGUGGCCUCUACCAGCUAAAACAGCCCUGUGAGAGAUGAUUAGACACUUUAAAAACUGGUUUUCAAGAUUUAAUCAGAGUCCAAAACAACCGUAGAACUUGCGUCUCUCUGGGUUUCGAGUCAACCUAACAUUUUACAACGUUCUACCUGUUUUCAUACAGCUCCAAACCUUAAUAAAUUAAUCAAGCUUUAUUAAUAUAGCGCCAAUUUACAACAAGUGUUAUCCCAAGUUGCUUAACAAAAAAGCUGGUCUAGCCCAAACUCUAUAUUUAUUUGCAGACUUCAGUGUCAGCUCACAACGACGGAGUGACAGCUGUCUGAUACAGAAAAGGUCUCUGCAGGUUGAAAGUGGUCAAUUCACAUGGACCAAGUUAUUACAGGGCUCAGUGAAGAGUCAAUGUACAUGCAUCUGGAUAAAUAUAUUUCAUUACCAUGCCAACUCACCUCUCCACCCCCACCUGAAUGCUUAGAAACAUCCAGCAUAUAAAAAACUAAAAAUAUACCAGCCUCAGACCCGAGGGGUGAAUGUGAAUGAACCCUGCACACAAAGACGUGCAUAUGCUCCUUUCUUCACACAGACUGGUAUUUUUAAAAAGAAGACUUUAAUGUGUCAGCUGAGCAGACUUUGAUGCUUCAAUGUGCCAAAGAUGAGGAUAACAUCAAAGGCUAAAUUUGGGGGACAUUUUCUAUGGAGCCUUAAUCUGGCCUGCACACUAUUACAGUCUGUCGAGUCCCAUUAUGUGUUACAUCCGUCUUUAGACAGGGCUGAUCUUUACUCAGAAUAGACUCACUUCACUGCAGAAAGAAGAAUAAUCUGUACCGGGUGAUAAAUUAGGAGUCAUCGUGGUAUAAAUUAGUUGGAAAUAAUGGCCCACAAUGCACCCUGGUGUGUAUAAUUACUGUGAGUAAGUGAUGACGCAGAGGCUGCCCUGGCACAGAGAGAAGACUUUAAUAGUGCCAGACCUCAGACUGAAUGAAGUCUGGUGUAUGUCCAAAUCAGGUUAAAGAGAAGAGAGUCUACAUCCAUCUACAGACAGCUAUGGGUGUGUACGUGGUGGGUCUUAUGGAUAACAAAGAACCGAACGUUGUCAGGACUUUGGUGCUUUUAGAAGGUGUAAUUUUAUGGCAAAGGAGCAGCUUUAAAAACAUGAAAGUGAUGUUGAAAAAAGGCAAAGUAUGGCUGAAAACCAGCAAAUGUCUGAAAACAGCACUGAGCAUUUUAAAAACAGCUAUAUGAUUAAGUCAUCCGAUUACCAAAAUAAGCUCUCUAUCACACUGGGACGUCCCAUUUGAAAAUACCAAUACCAGGCAGAGGAGUGUGUUUUUUUCAGGGGCCACAUUUUUUCUGGUUUCCUCAUGGUGUGUCUCACCGUGUUGCUGUGUGACACGGUGAGGAGUCUUGGUGCAACACACGAUGACUGUAACUUUGGUUUUCUGAGUGACCAUCCCUCCAUGUGAAGGUUGCUUUAAAACCUCUCCCAAUAAAUCACUGUUCCUAUGUUUUAAUAUCAAUAUCUCUUACAUGUUCACCUCAAUCAGACCCAAACUAGUUUAAGUGUUCCGCCCAUGCAGCACAGUUUCCACUACAUGCUCUGACCUAGAAGUUGAAUAGCAGACAUGCAUAAAAGGAAGCCAGACAGUAAACAAAGCCUCAGAGGCAGAGCUAUUACCCUACAUCCAGGAGGUACAGAUCUGCACAGUUAUGAGUGUCUUCAACAUUUGACAUACAUCCACUUUGUUGUUAUCCUUAAAUGAUUUAUACUGUGAUAAAAGAAUAAACCUUUGACUCUGCAGAUCAAACAUUUUAAGGCCGUGUCUUAACUUUAGGUCAUGAUGUCAGAGCACCGUGGUAUGGCAGAGCGGCUUUUAUUUCAGUUGCAUGUCUGAAGUCUAGGGCUGUGAUCAACCAAAGAAAUUCAUGGUUGACUAAAACCCUGAAAUUUUCGACCGAACAUCGACUAAUGAGGGGGGGGUUUGUACAUUGAUGGCAAACCCUUCUGUGGCAGGGCAUGAUGCGGCUCAGCGAGGUGAAAAUAUACUUAUAUCAGCACGAGGAUGCAAUUAAACACAAAUAUUAUAUUCAGCAAACCACCGGACGUUGAUUAACACAGAUGUUCUUCAAUCUUACUGUCACCAGCCGGUCUCCAGAGGGUUGGGCGAAUCCAAGAUGGUGAAAACAAGGGGGAUGUUCUGAGACAGCCUGUUACCUGUGAAAGGGGGUGCUCUGAAAACACCCCCAUAAGCACUUGGUAUGUUCCUCCUGAUGAAAAAAAUUGAGUCGACCAUUUAGAAUUUUGACCGACUCAGCAGUAUCAAUCAAUAAGACCACCAGUCCACGAGGACUUUACAGCUCUACUAAAAUCAAAUCACGAAGUACCCUUUUUUCAUCUAUUUGAUUGCCUAAAAUUAGGAAUAUUAAAGUAAACUUUUCUUUUGAAAUGCAAAAAAAAAAAAGAAGGAACUUUUAUUGUGAUUUAAACAGGAAUAAUCGCUAUAAAUUAGAUAAAUUCUUUCAUUAAUUGUGAUUAACUAUUAAAAUUAUGAAACUAAUUGCAACAUAAGGUAUGAUUUGUUUAACAGCCCUUAAAUGAGUAAAAACUAACACCCAUGUGAUAAGAAUCAUUAUUAUUAGUAAACCAAACUGGUUUGCCAUUAAUAAUAACCAGAACCCCUGGAUCUAUAAACAGCUGACUCACUGAGCCAUCAGAGCCUCAUGCAACAACAUUUCAAAGUAUAUGAACUGACCCUUACAUGUGACUGUAUUCACCAACAUGAUUCACAGUUCACUAUAUUUUAAAGCCACUUUGUCAUAGUGAAGACACUUACAGCCUCAUCUUCUCUUCUGUUUUUAAAACAGGGACCUAUAUGGGCUGCUUCCUGCACAACGCCACUGAUCGAGCCCUGGGGGGCACGAUGCUUUAUGACCUGCGCAAAAUGACCAGCUCUCUGUGUCAGGACACCUGCUCAGAAAGGUAAUGUGUGCUGCAGGCUCCUGUGAAGGGACCACAGAGGGCCCGCUGUUUGAGUAAACGCUUUGGAGCUGAGUCUCUGCCAUGAAUGGCCUCCUGUGUUUGGAGCUACAGAGGGCCAGGUGGCUGGAUGACAGUAAAAGAUGAGGGUAUGGGGGGGUGAGGAGCAGGACAGAAGGCUUGAUGUGUCGCAGGAGGAGGAAGGAGGAAUGUGUGUGUGUGUGUGUGCGUGUGUGUGUGUGUUGGAAAGCUUAAUGAGCUUCAGGAAGCAGUUGGCGAGUUCGUCAGAGGAGUGAUUUGUGCUUCUUCCUUGUGGCCCUGUAGCAGUGACACCAGGAAAUUGUGAUGGUAACAGAUAUGGAGGGGUUGAAUAUUUUAAAGCAAGUGCUGUGAUAACACAACCGAUAAACUCAGACACUAACAAAUAGUAAAACCACCUAAAAACUCAUUCCGGGUAUUAAAAACAUGCUUUUUUACCUUCAGCCCUAUCAGCUGUGUUUUUGUGCUUUUGGGGGACCAACAUGUUUCCAAAGCUUGCAAUGUUGCCAUCAGGGAUUUUCAGCAAAGGCUCCGUUUUACAUACUCUGUUUAGAGUUCAGUAAGCACUUUGAGACACUAUGACUGAGAGACAACUUCUAUUAAGGGAUUCUGUCAUUUACAUACUUUUAUUUUGAUUGAGAGAUUUAAAGGAAUUAGGAUUUAGCUGAUUGGAAUAAGCACCAAAUACAGCAGAUGGUUUAGCCUCUUUGUUCUCCAUGUUUUGUUUUUCUGCAUCCACUCCCUGAAAGGAAGUCACCCUUAUGAUUCAAGGUAUCAUGGUGGUAAAAAGUAAGGUAGGAAAUUUGCAAAAAAAAAUCCUGGACUUAAAGCUCCUGUUGUUGUUUUCUUUUUAACUGGCCAUGAAACUGACUGAAAUGAACACUAAUGCAUCUUUGUGACCAAAAGCAAACAAGACAGGCAGUUUAUGUAUCGUCAAUUUUAAUGUUUAUAACCAGUGUGAAGGAGGAUGUAUCAGACAACACUGUAUACAGCUCUUUAAAGAAACCCUCUCCUUCACUUCGACCACAGCAAAGUCUCACAGUGAGUAAGAUAUUUGAAAGCUAAGAAAGAUAAGAUGUAUCACCUUGUAUACUGUACGUGGGGCACUGAAUUAACACAAGCAGAAAGCUCCUUACAGAGUCUUGAAAAGACUAAUGAGCAACAGUUGGGUGAGUGCAGUCAUUUUUUUAUUUUUUAUUUUGGCUCUGCACUAACUUUUGGAAACUUUUCAGCGAGUUGCUGCUCUGCUUUGUGCCAGCUGUAGCUAAGAAAAGUCAAGGGCAGACAACACAGGAGAGAAGAAGCUCGGCUUACUUUUAGUUCAUUAUACUACGAAACAACAUCAAAGCGGGUGGUUCAGAGAGUCCUCUUUUUUACAGCUGCCUCCACAUCCUCCUCAUUAUCCUCCAUGUUCAGCAUUACUGAGUCUUCCACUUUGUUAGCAAUUAGCUAUCUCGUGUGGGAGGAAUAAGUUUACUGUGAAUCAUAGCCAUGCAGAAACUUGUUGUUUUUUACAGAAUGAGUGGUGAGGUUUUGCCUCUUGACCCAACUAAACCACCGUCAUGCAGCCCAAAAGCAGUGCACUCUCUUUCUGGUGUAGACAGGAGAAUAAACCUGGGGGGGUUAAGAUGGGGUCCCUUGUUAUGGCAACAGAAACCAGGAUGGUAAUUCUGGGACUGCUCCCACAAGCAACCUGCCGACCAGUAGGACAACAAAGCAGGUAGAAGAUAGAAAAAGAUUGAAAUGUUCAGGUCAAGAAUGGAAAUUGAGGGUGAUUAGUUCUAGUUUGUAGGGAAACAAAGAUCUUGCUAGCAAGGAGUGAAAGACCUUGUGCAAGAAAGGAUUAAUGGAGAAGUUUCUAGUCCUGAUUCAAGGAGGCUACAAAAAGGGAACUAUAGAGGCAGAGACAGCCAAGCCCAUUGUACAAAGAGAGCCUGUCCUUUAAUUGGUUUGUGGACCUCAGGAGACCCAUGAUGGACACAUAUGAUCCACUACUAUUCGUGAGCUCCUGUAUUACAAUAGGUGCCAAGAUGGCAACAAAAGAACUGGUUCUCUUUGAUCGAUUCUUGUUUAAGGUCAGAGAAAAUGUUAUGGGUAUGAUAUGAUAGCACUUGGUACGUUCGUCCUGAUUAAAUUAACCAUUGACUGUAAAUUGACAGGGGGAAAAAAUGGAGUCCACCAUUUAGAAUUUUGGUUGACUUAGCAAGUAUCGACCAAUAAGUCGACCAUUCGACUAAGACUUUACAGCCCUAGUGCUGUACUUCCAUCCAUGUCCUUUCCUCUUAUAACCAAAGUUGUCUUGGUAUUUGUUUAGAGGUAGAUAGUAGACAGGAGAACCACUGGGACUCUAAUUCCUUCUAUUCUGGGACCCAACAACAUUUCAAUACACCUGUGACACCUAAAACCCUGUGGUGGGGAUUCGUGUUUGCCUUCAGUUUUGUUUUGUUUUGCCUCCAGCUAACGUUGGCCAACAACAUUUUUGAUCCACAGAUGGUUGAAUUACAUGAUUUCUGAUUGAAAGGGGGUCUUGGACUUCUUCAAGGGGAGUUAUAUAUCCCUGAAUCAGUGAGUUAAAGCCACCUUGCAAGAAAACAGGAAGAGGCAGGUAAAAGUUUUCAAAGCCGUCUGAAGAAGUGACCAGUUUGAAUAAUUCCCUCUCAUAUUCUCCAAAAGUGAAUCCCCACAGAAACAGAGGAGCUGAGGACAGAUGGAUGCAGUCAAAGAGAGAGCGAGUCAGCACUCUCAUCUUAAGCCCGCUGAGCCCCCCACCCCCCUCCUCUUUCUUUCCCCAUCCACACAGACAUCAGCCGUGCUCGUUACCUGAGCGAGCCAAUUACUGCGAUGAGUACGAGUAAAAAGUCAAGGCAAUUUAUGGUGGAAGCUUCAAAGGACAUAUAUGAAAAGGUCAAUUUUGAUGAGGUCUGUGUCUGUCCUGAGGAGGGGGGUAAAUAGGGGGGAUGAGUCACAACAGCCUUGAUAUGUAAAGUACAGAUCAGAGGUGACUGUGGUGCAGCUGAGAGAGAAUAACUCAGUCAGUAGAGAGAAGGGAGGAGAACACGGCAGCAGAAAAAGCUCGCUGUGUUGAAAAGCUGAAAGUUUGAGUCCAAAGAGAAGUUUGAAAUGUUAACUUCUGUCCUGUGGGAGGGCUCAGCCUGAGGGCGAUCCUUUCAGGGUAUUUAACGCCCUCGGCGGGGGCAUUAACUGUGUGUCCAUCUGUGUGUGUGUGUGUCUUUCUUUUUUGCUUCUCCUCUGUGUGUGUGUGUUCAGCGGAUACCAGUUUGCAGGUCUGGAAUAUGGAGCUGAAUGCCACUGCGGGAACCGGAUCAGCAGCCCUCGGGCCCCUGAGGAGGACUGCAGUCUGGUGUGUCGGGGGGAGAGGGGGUCUCCCUGUGGCGGUGUGGGCCGUCUCUCGGUUUAUAAAGUGGAGGAGCAGCUGCCUGGGCACAGAAAGUGUGAGUCAAGUCCCCCCUGAGGGAGGACACAGGACUGAGCGCUAUUUAUUCUCUGCAUGAGCCGCUCUGUGGGGGACUGCACACAGGAGCGAGGAAAUGACUGAAGUGUUAAACUCAAAUCCUCAAAAAGAAAAUAUAAAUAUAUAAAGAUCAGUCAGCAGAGUGUAAUGUCAGCAAAACAAGAGCACUCCACACUUGAAUUUGCAGCUAUGGUAAUUAAUUACUUAUUUCUUUUUCAAAGGGAGCUGCUCAAGAAAACUAUAAAACAUAAAUUAACUGGCACAAAAAAGACAGAAAUAAAAAUUAAUGUAAAAUGCAUGAUAUAAAAGAUUAUGGACUGAUUCUUCUGGUAAUAGGCAGAAGUAGUGACUAUAAAAUGAAACAACAUGAUGAUAAACAGUUAGACUCUGCAGAAGUCAGUGCUGCUGCUUAGAGUAGCAGAUCAAUCCAAAUCUCAAAGCUUCUAUGAGAAGUUUAUGGCCGACUAUGAAACAAAGUGAAAUUAACAGUGAUGCUCUUUAUAACCUCAAACUAACCAUCAGUAACAAGAUUUAUCAUUUCUACAAUGUUAUUCUUGAAACCUGUAGCUGCUGCAUGAUGAGAGGUGCUGGACCAGGUGAUUGGUGCCAUAGGCGCUGAUGUGUUUAUGCAGGUGCUCCAAAUGUAAUGCAGUGCUAUUUUGAAAAAGCAAUGAAACACAAAUGCCGAUGUAAGUACCCCUUUCACACAAACCCCCGAUCAAUGCCAGAGGCGAACACAAAUAAAAAGGAAAUCCACAAUCUGACACCAUGGAAACAAGCUGUCAAAUACAGCCUACAUGUGUAGGUGACGACAGAGCUGUCCAUGGUGCUGAAAGUCACUAAACCAUGCUGUACUUUACAGCACCUGCUCUACUGAUUCCUCAUGUACUGCGUAUAUUCUGUUCAUACCAGACACGAAUAAUAUCCUCUGUGUCUGUGAUUUACAUGGAAAAUCAAUGUAAAGAUGCAAGUUCUUGUUGGGUAAUACAAAUGAGGUGUGAAUAGCAGGGACUGAGUUAAUCAAAUACGCAAGACAGAGGAAAUGACACGUGGAUGAUGCAAAUUCCAGUGUUCAUUCGCUUAUUCCUGUAAGUUAAAAACUCUGAGCUUUAACAAACCCCUCGGGCCGCAAUAGCCAAUCAACGUGGAGAUUUCCUCUUGACGACUGAUGAAGGUUCAUUAAUGUGGACUAUGAAAAACCAACCGAUUUCAAUCAACCUUAUUGUGAUGGUAAAUAGGACAACAUAUGAUCAUAUUAAACGGAUUAUGAUGGACUAUAACAAUGCUGCUCACAUAAACCAUGUAUCAUGAAGAAUUGCACAUUAUCGACAAGACUUUAGUGCUCCAGCUGGCACAUGUUUGAUCUUAAUACAUUUUAAUAGGACUUCUUUCAGAAGGAAGUCUCUCACAGGAGCUUUAAACCAAACAACAAAAUAUAGAUCAACUAUGACCAUAAUAAAUACAAACCAAACCCCCUAAAAUCCUUAAAUAUAAGUAAUUUAGUAGAUAUUAGACAGACAGGGUGAAUAAAUGCUGUUCAGUCGGUUGUGUGCAAACAAACGUCAUGCCAUCCUGCAAAAGUUAGAAGUAGGUGAAAAGAGCUGAUUUAACACAUCUGUCACUAACAGAUCACAGUUUUAGUUAUAAUAAUGUUUAUUAGUUAUUAUAACUAAAACUUGAACUGAAGUUUCUUAGUUUAGUUUUCAACUAUCCUCAUGAUUCAUGGUGAUCACUUCUGCUGUGUCCCUUUAAUUGAGUCCUGUUAAUAUUUAUUUAUUCUAGGAAGAGCCUUAAUAACAAUCAGAUUCAAAAGAUUUGCAUUUGUUCUGAUUGCAUGUCUUCAGCUAAUAGCCUGCAGUAGCUUCAAUAUAAACCCUCAGGAGCAUCUGAUCAAACGCCCUUUUUUUAGCUGCCAGAUUGUUUGUAAAACUGUCUGAACAAUCAUGAAAAGGACUGUGACAGAAAGAGGAUUUUUAACCUGAAACAGUUAUCAAGCCACUGCUGUCAGAGGCACCAGACUCCCCUGACAAAAAUAAAGUCGUUCUACCUUGAACAACACUCAAUGUCUGGCCUCUGCCUGCCAUCUUAGCUUGUUUUAUUGUGUGACUUUGGGGUUUAAAGUGUUGGUCUGGAUCUGACUACACAGAUUAACACAAACAAAUUUAGCAAUUCAGGCAGGCAGAUCAGUAACUUCUGUGCUCUGCAAGAAAAAAAAAAGCAACAUGAAAGUCAAAUGAGCCUGGCGCCUUUGAGGGAGGAGUGUGAUGUAGCUAAUGGCUGUUUCUGUUCGAAAAAUGAAUCUUAUAAUCAACAAAAAGGUCAAACCCUGCAGGGAUGCUUCCCGUAAUGUUGACAGACAGUUUUUAUAACCAGGAAGACAAGACACCCAGAGGUGCCAAAGCAAUGUCUGCACCAAAUGUUAACCAGUCUGUGGUGGAAAAUAGCCUAAAACAAAUGGACUACUUCUUGCGGUUUAGGUCCUGUUUCUUAAGAAAUACAACCUGCACAGGGAAAUGGCAGAGCCUUUUAUUUUAUGUCCUCAACAACCAAUAAGCUUUGAACUAAAAGCCACAGAAAAGCUGCGCCACAGUUUAUGGGCUUUCAGUUUUUACAAGGACCUCUUCUGCACACCUAUUCUUUGUAGCUUGCCAAGGCUAAACUGAAAUGAGAUGUUUUUUUUCUCUGCAAAGAACAUCCUGUGUACAUCACCAGCAGUUCAUAACUUUUUACCAGCAUCAAUGGGACCUCUGCCAACCUUGUAACUGGUAGCAGGUUGGCUAAAAUCCUGAGGCUCAACCCCCAACGCCAAAAUCCUUUUUUAUUUAUUUUUUUAUUUUUUUGUUACCUUUGGGACAUUUUUGCCUUCACCAAAUAGGAAAGGUGAAGAGAAAUGGGAAAUGUGGGGAUCAGAGAGCAGGCAACAACCAGUGACCACUGCAGUAAGGACUAUAGCCACUGUGCGUGGGGUGCUCAAACCACUAAGCCAUCAGUGCCAUGGCUGCAACGAUUAGUCGAUGUUGUCAACAAAAAUCAACAAGAAAAAAGUCGACAAUGAAUUCCAUUGUCAACUAUUGUCGUCAGACAUGUUUUUUUCAUUGGAGUGAGGCAUCUUACUUCUUUACGAUCUCUGCCCAGAGUCACACAUGCGCAAUAGCAUCUCCACCGAGCAGUAGGGUAUUCAAAUAUGGUGGCACCAGCGGCCCAUACAGCAGCUACGAGUACACGCUUAAAAAGCUCCAAAGCUUGAGAGCACUCUAGCCUAGAUAAGGCGAAAAAAAAAAAAAAAAAAGAAAACCUCAACCUCAACUGCUGCAACCUUAUGUUAAAUUUAAGAAAAAAAAAAUCAUAGUUAUCCAAUUUGUCGACCAAUCGUUUUAAUAGUCAGUGACUAGUCGACUAUUAAUAUAGUCGUUUGUUGCAGCUCUAAUCAACGUCCUACCAUUGCCAGUGUUUUAAAGAAAAUGUCCAGCUUUAAUGCAUCUAUUAGUUUUGACGUUUUUUUUUCAGCUAGAAACCAAGUUAAAAUCAAUAUUGAUGUAGCCCCACAAAGCUCCAACAUGCAGACAGCAGUGGAGCAGGGGAAAGAAUUUGCAGCUACAUGAUAAUGCUGUAGAAAUCAACAUUUCUAUUUUGAAUGACGGAACUAGCUCUCUGAUAUUUACUCACUUACUGGAAAAUGACAUAAAAGUGUUUAUUGGUCUCAUUGCAAUAUUUUAUGUGUUAACCUUGAAGGUGAAUUUAAAAUAGUUUACCAAUCUGUUUACAAUUUGAUCUUAAUACAGGCUUAGGUCAGUGCUUUUGUAUUUAUUCACUUAAAUGGCUCUGUUUUAAAUUGAUCAAUAAAACCUUUUUUUCUUAAACAAGUUGUUUUUACAAACAUUAACGUUUAAAAGUGGGAAUUUAACAAGCUCCUUUUUCAACACAUUUAUUCAUGAUUCAGAAAUACUAUUGUUGUCAGUGUCACACACUGUUCAACUUUAUGACCAUAUGCUUCACUCUAAACUGGAAAUGUUUUGGCUUCACUCUUUGACAGCCGUCAUAUCAUUCAUUUUUAAACAGUCCAUGUCUUUGAUGACAUUCAAUCAAGCGCCUUCUUCGUGGCAGUUUAUCUGAGGAAAGAUGUUUUUAUCAAGAGAAACAUUUUGUCAGCUUUUGUACCUUUUAUAUAGCCUGUGAUGCUUUUUAAUCACAGCUCCUGUGUUUCAUUAAAAGGAAUGUGUAUCCUAUUAUUCCACGCAAAGACAUGUACUGUCCUUUAUAGUCAAAGAUUCUUCAUUAAACAACAGCAAAAUGCAAAAUCCAACAAAGCUCCUUAUACAUAAACAUUUCUCUCUUUUCUGUGCUUUAAAGAAAUACAUCUCAUUACUGCUGGCAAGGUCACAUAUAUUAUAUAAGAAGUUUAUAUCAUAUACAGUAUUAAUAUUCAUGAUGAGUCGCUUUUGUGUCUCUGGAGAUUUGCAGCUGAGUAGUGAAUACAUUAACCAGCAGGAUACGGUUUAGUAUAAGAAUGAAUGUAGAGCAGAAAUACUUUGAACAGGUUUGUCAUUUUAUUACAAUCCUGAUCUUUUACAACUGCUUCCUUCAGAGCUCUGAUAACAUAUAAAUACUUAGGACUCUCAUAUUUGAUAUCUACCACAGUGUAUACUCUGAAACUUUAGAGAAAAUAAAAGAUGAACAGGGAUGUGAUCUCUCUGGAUAACUCAGGAUUUUCUGACGUGUCAAGGUGACCCACAUGAAUCAUGCAAAUCCACAGAAACGUGAGCUGUGGGGUGAAACCAGGAGGAUUUCAGGCCUAACUUUACAUUUUUUAGCAUGCAUGCAAAUGUUGUUUUUCAGUAACAGUAUAAUGAAAGGAUGGAUGGAUGAUACCAGCCUCUUAAAUUACAGUACAGUACCAAUACUGAUUUGAUGCUUCAUAAGUGGAAAUAAACAAUCAAAAAUAGAAACUAUUAAAAAAACAAAGACACUAUUAUAAUAAUAACUUUAUUUACCAUAAACACAAGAACCUGUGAGAAGUCAUGAGAGCCGGGGAAUUGCAAAAACCUUGACAUCAUAAACUGAGAUCUUAGGGACUGAGAUAGUACGGUGAUUGAACAAAUAAAAGAGAAGGGAACCAUUAAAAAAGGUGAAGAGGUAAGCAGUAAAAAAAGGGCAAUUAAUACAGUGAGUCACUUUUAAGUGGAUAAAAGCAUUUUGAAAUUAAAGCAGUAAAAUCCAUUUCAGUGAAAUAAUAAAUGCCGGAAACUAAUAACCAGAGUUCAGGACAACAACAAGAGUUAAACAAAGUUAGAGAAAAAAAGGAACAGAAAGAAAAUGUAUUGAAUAAAAUAAUCAGCGAAAGUAAAUGAAAGCCUUAAAGGCUGUGAAAAGAAAAUUUAAUGACAUUUAUACAAUAAGAAGUUGUACAAUAGGAUGAAAAGCAAAGGAUUAUUAUAGCAGUUGAAGCUACUAUGAGGAAUUGUUAAUUCAUAGUGAAACAGGCUCAAAUUAAUAGUGAAACCUCUUCAUGACCAAGAAAAGCAAAAAAGACCAGAAGCUGCAAGGAUGGUUAUUUCUUUCAGAUGAUUUUCAACGAGGGGGUCGUGUGUCAGACGAGGUGAUGGACAACAAACUAAAGAAGCAACCUUCAUUAUGUUUAAAAAGUAAAAACCCACAAGAAGCUGUACAUUUAUCCAUUUAAAGAAAGCAGGAUUAGAUUUUUCAAGAAAAAAACGUCUUGGCAUGUAUGGGAUAAAAUCAGCUACGACAUAAGGUGCACAUCUUUGUCCACAGGAGGCGCCAAAUCUGACAAAAUCUGAAACUCCUCACAGCAGCUUUAAUUAAAAAGUCAGAAGAUUGCAUCAUGAGAUCAAAUAAGAAAAUGAGACAAGUGGAAUUAAAAUGUUAAAAUGCCUCAUUUUAAUAAAGUUACAUAAACAAAUCACUAUCAUUUUAAUGUUUAUGACCACAACCUGAGUCAGUGAGUAGAUAUUUACACCUUUGGUAAAUUAGCACAUUUAACCGUAGCAGGAUGUGACCACCUUCUUCUGGGAGUGAUAAACUGCACCACUCACUCUUCCUCACCCUUGGUUUCUGUCGUUAUGGUGCUUUGUGUCUAUCACCUCCCAGUUUGUUAAAGUCUUAUCUUUGCUUUACUAUGCACUCUAUGGAGGACCACAAGGCUCACGUUAUUCUAAUAAAGCAUGCCUUUUAUUAGAAAGCAAUUGUACAACUGUACAAAUUCAUCAUUAAACCCAUAAAUAUAUAGGCCAUGUUUUAAGGAAUCAUAAAGCUCAUUACAUGGUUAAUAUGUACUCUUUGCCUUGUUUCACCCACUGGUCAUGGAAAGCUGACAUGAGGAGGGAGAAUUAAAAGGCUACAUGACUUUGCAAAUUAAUUAGCUGAUACAAAAAGGGAAAGCUGCUAGGAAAUGGAAAUGAAAGACGGAAUCGUCCUUUAAGAUGCCCAAUUAAAAACUGUAUCAUAAUUCAUUUCUUUAUACUUCUUUUACAAUUAAAAAAAAAUAAAUAAACUAUUUAAUAAGGAUAACAUUUAAUGUUUUAUGAUUAUUAACUGAUGGAAGAUUUUAAAGAUUCAUUUAAAAAUCUUUUUACUAUUCCUCUAUGUAUGCAUUGAUUAAUGAAUGGCUUUAUAUAGAGUGUAGUUUAUUUAUUCCUUUUUUAAUUUGUUAAAUUGCUAUUUUAAAUUAAAGAAAUGCAAUCUCUGCAAUCCUUGUUGUCCUCUGCACACCCUGCGCAUUGUCUCAAAGAAAAUUAAUCAUAUCCUGAAGUACGCUCAGUUGAAAUAUCCUUAACUGCCUGGAGCAAAGCUGGUGAUGCCAGUCAAGCAAUUUGAAGAUAAUUUUAAAUAACCUUGAAUAAUAAGAGGAAUGAUCCUCAGCGACUUAGUGGGGGCAGGGCUGUCGUUGGUGCUACUUACACUCCUGGUUAUAAUACGAUCGCUAGUUUAAUAGUUUUGCUGUUUAGAGAUUUUGAACUGGAAUUGUUUCCCACUCGUUUUAAAUGACAGUAGUAUUUUAGUUUGUGAAAGGAUACGUUAAUUAAUACAUUCAUACAUUAAUCCUUGACAGUAAUUUUUUUUGUGUUUGUUUUUUCCAGUCAAAAACGUUCACUAUCGAGGUUGUUUCAAGCUGCCAAAGAACACCCUCACCACAUUCCCAAUCUUCUCCUCUCAGCCCAACCUGACCACUCAGGCCUGCAUUGAAACCUGCACUGACAAGGUUUGAUCAUUUCUCUUUUUAAACCACCAGUUUGAUGAUCAAUAUUUUGCACUCAGCUCUCUGUGGAUUAUCAGUAGAUGCCUUCAAGCUUGGAGAGUGGCUGCACCACCCUCAGGAGAUCAGCUGUAGCAGCAGAGAGCUGCUUAGAUUCUCUGAAUAUUUUAGGUUUAAUGUGCCGCUAAUGAGGAGGAGAUAAUAUAAAUCCUGCUCUGACACCUCACUGCUGCAGCUGUGUCUCAUUGAAAAACAGAAAUGGAAAUACUGCACACCAUUUGGUGGGGACAGCAUUGUGAUAAAUUUUCAGUGUCCGUGUGUGAUUAUUCACAGUAUUACUGAAAAAAAAAAUCUCUGCAGUGUCUGUCCUUCUGCUCUGACUUUGAGAAAUCUGACUUUGAAAUGUGAGCGAAAUGAACAAAACUGGACUUCAAUGGGCAUGAAGUGUGUGUUUGAUACAGACUUUACUGCUGACCUGAUCCGACACAUUGCUCUUGGGUGAAAUGUGCCUUCAGAAAGUCAAGUCUGAGACUGAUGAGUCAGAGAAAAAGUAGAUCAUUUGUGUUGGUGGUUUUUCAGGAGCUCCCACUGGCUGUGUUCAAGAAGCCCCACUGUUUCUGUACCUGGACGUCUUCUUUGUUCAGCCUCAACCAGCAGUCUGACAGCCAGCAGUGUGCAGGAAACACUGCUCUGAACUACAGCAGCAUCUCCACACCAGCAGCUCCCACUGAGCACGAGCACUACCAGGUGUACCACACACCUGUGCUGGGUGAGAUAUAACUUAUACAUGAACAGCUCUGUGCCAGUCGUUUGUGUGUGACAGUGUCUGAUUUUAAACCCUGUGUAAAGUUUGAAUUUUCAGAUUAGUACAGUGUUUCCUCUUGGUUGAGAAUUUACCUGUGGUGGUGGGCCGGGCGUUGCCGUGGUGUUUGAUAAGUGCAUUCAAAAUAUUCUAGUCAAACUAAUGUUUAUGUACUAUGCCUUAUUUAUUGCACAUACAGGGCUCCAGACUAACUGGUUUUGCUAAGAGCACAGUAACCACCGACAAAAAAUUUAGGAGCGCAAGCAGAAAAUGUAGGGUUGUACACUGUAACUUGACUUGCAGGGCAAAUAAUUAACAUUUCCUCUCAUUUUCACCGUAUUACUGACAAAAUAGUUUGUAAAUGCAGAAAUUACAAUGUGCUGUUUUAAAUUCAGUGUCACAUUUUAUUGUGCACUUUUAAAAACAGAACAUAAAACAAAACAAACAUAAAACAUAGGGUAGACAGUGCAUGAUCAUUACACUGACCAAUGAGAAGUUUUUUCGCACAUGGCAUUUGUUUACAACUUUAGACUUCUACAGACUGUUGCUUUGUUAACAAACAACCCAAAGGAAAAAAUAGCUUUAAAUUGGCUUCAUGUCUUAAACAAAAAAAAGUCAUAGUCAGGGCUCUAUUUUCGUGCCUCGCCGGCGUCAUGGCGCAGGCGCAGUCAGGUCCACCGCGCCGACAAGGCGUUCCCAAGCACAAUUUGGUAUUUUGGUCAGCGGUAAGUAUCCCCCCUCCCUAACUCAGCUCUUCCCAGCGGCAUAAGUCGUAGCGAGGGAGGAGAGAAGGCGUGGUGUGGGAUUAACACAGCCAAGACCUGGCUAAAUGUAUGUGCUUACUCAGAAUAUUGGUUGUUGAUGAUUAUUUAUUGCACUGAAAUGUGCCUGACACUGUGGAAACCUGCUGGUGAGGCAUCGGUGACGUAUGCUGAUACACGCUGACAGCGAGCACGAAAAUGUCACUGCGCCAGCCGAUUCUGUCGACACCUUCCCCUACUGCGCAUUCACGCCCAGCUUGGCGGACCUCGACGCACCUCAGUCUACGAAAAUACCAAAUUGGCUGUACGCUGGGCUCCGCCAGACGAAAAUACCACUGCGCGGGGUCCGCCACCAUCCGCCGCGUCGCCGAUGGGCAUGAAAAUAGAGCCCUCAGUCUCUGAGACAAAAACAGUGGUACAAAAACCGAAGCUGUGUGAGGAAGAAAACUGUAUAUAAUCAACAAUAAGUUAGUGUAGCUGGGGUGCAACAGUUUGGGUGCGCUUCUGUAUAUUCACCAGCGUGUCCCACGCUGUGCCGGGUUUGUCUGGAGGAAACCCUGCUUUCUGUGUGUCUGUAUGACUGCUUUUUUGUUUUUAAAUUCUAUUUUCCCCUUCUUGGGCGGGCCGCCCAAGUAAAACCCAAGUAGGCAAAAUGUUGCAUCAACUUUGGUAAACAUUUUUAUUUAAAUACCUUACAUAAAAAUAAAGAAUACAUAUUCAGGGUCCUUUCAUACCUGCCUAUGAACACUGCUUUCUUUUCACACACAAUAUGUUCAGGGCUCAUUUAUAGUUUGUAAUACACCAUUAUUCAUGUAUCUUUUUGUUCACCUUAUGCUCACCUUAUGCAACCUGCUUUCAUACUGUUAAGGUUCAAAGAAACUCCUUCAGCCUGAGCUCAGCCUUUUUGCAUGAUUAAGGAGGAGAUUUUCCUCAAAAGCAUCUUGUUAUUUCCAAACUUUGAGCCGACCCAAAUUCUUCUCUAUUAUCCUUUUUGUCACUUUUGCAACCAUAGUGCAAUUUUUGUCACACUAUUCUGAGUCUUUUUUGUUCAGAGUGAAUCCAUUACCGGCUCCCUGCAUCCACAUUUUGUAAUUCAUUAAAUUUAACUGGGGUUCAGUUUUCUUUCAUGAAUGAAUGACAUGAGGUCCUCUGUGCUCUCAGACUCCAGGUGCAAAGAGCGCAUGUUUCUGCCUCAGAGAUCCAGCUCCCUCGUGGCUCUAUCUAGUUUUCCUGGUGCUGGAAACACCUGGGUUCGGCACCUGAUUGAGCUCGUGACGGGCUACUACACUGGCAGUUUCUAUUUUGACGGCACCCUGUACAACAGAGGUGAGAGAGAGAGUGUGUGUGUGUUCGUGUGUGUGUGUGUGUGUGUGUGUGUGUGUGUGUGUGUGUGUGUGUGUGUGUGUGUGUGUGUGUGUGUGUGUGUGUAUGUGUGUGUGGGCGGGCGGCAAGUCUCAGCUGGAUUGAUGAAUGCUCUGAGUGAGUGCUUCUUGAAAUGUCUCCCCGCUGCUGACCAUUUCUGAUUCAUUUAUUUAUUGUCACAGGUUUCAAAGGGGAGAAGGACUACUGGAAGAGUGGCCGCAGCAUCUGUGUGAAAACCCAUGAGAGUGGUCAGAAAGAGAUUGAGAUGUUUGAUUCUGCCAUCCUGCUGAUCAGAAAUCCAUACCGCUCCCUUAUGGCUGAGUUCAACCGCAAGUGUGCCGGUCAUUUAGGCCACGCUACAGAUGCGCAGUGGAAGAGUAAAGGUAAAGGGAUUAUUAUGUAAGAGUUCAGUGGUUUGUGGCUUUGCUGGAGGAUCCUGUAGUUACCGCUGUUUGCUUCAUGUCCUGCUGAUGUUUCUGCAGCUGCAGACCAGAGGGCAUGCUGUUAUUGAGACUCUGAGUGCAUAAAGAAGCAAUUUAAGUCUUAUAUUUACACUGAACGCUGCUAUUUGCAGCAUCUCAGCUUUUAUCCACAGAUCAGAAACGUAAAACACACAUACUCUCUGAGAGCUCUUCUACUAAACGGCUCACAAGCUGAAUGAGGCUUUCAUGAAAAGCGAGAAAUGGGAAGUGUCAUUUUUAGUCCACUUGAACCAGACACUCAUUCAGACACAGACAGAUACAGCAUGUCUUAAGGGUCAGCAAAAAAACCCAUCUUUCUCAUACUGAGCCUGUAUUUCUGCAGGGAAACAGAUUUGAUGUUAUUUUUCCAGGUUAUGAGAUUUUUGACUGAAUUCAAAAUACAAUAAAAGUGAUUUGUAAAAGCAUAAAAGCCUGGGAUAAAAACUCACAAAGGCAUAGCUAGAUCCACAAAUACGCUAGUAAAUAAAAAAAAAAACAGAUUGAAUCAACAAAUUGAUCCACAUGAUGCAUAAAGAGAUCAGAAAAUAUGUGAAUAGAUUAUUGAUGUAUUAACAAAACAGAAUGCAUCCACAAAUGAUAAAAAAAUCGACAAAAAUCUGCAACAGAACGAAGACAUGCCUGAAGACAUGCAAAUGGGCUGUUUCCUGUGGCAGUAUUGUCUGCUAACAGUGCAUGAGUGUGAAGUGAAUGGGUAAAUAUGAUGUGCAGAGUAAGAAGCACUUAAAGUAGUCAGACAGAGUAGAAAAGCACGUCCUUAGUAUGAGUGCUUUACCGUUUAGUGUUAUUGACUGAAACAUGUUGAUCAAAAGUUAAAACAAUAAAGGCUGCAUAGCUUAGGUAAUGCAGAUGGAACCUCAGAACUAUGACAGGCGUAGAUCAUAGACUGUAUAUACUAUGGACAACUUGGUGCUUUCCGUCAUUAUACAAAUCUUAAAGCCAAAUUUGCUUUUGGUAUUUCUGGGAUUUUCCCCACUUCCUGGAACCACCACUUGGGCAGUAGCAUUGUGCACACUUGGCGGGAGAGUUGCAGAGAGUCGCUGUGAUGAUGCUCAGCUCAAACAGUGUAUCCCCCCGGGUGAGCAACACAAUCCUCAUACGCCCAUAGGCUGUAUCAAGUGUCAAUCAUAGAAAACAUGAACCCCCUAAUAACUUUUAAAAACAGAGCUUCACAGAAAAAAGAGGACUUGAGCACAAACCAGUCUGACAGUAACUAGCGCUUUGAGGUCACUGACAAAAAAGCGCUAUAAAAAUCUGAUGCAUUAUUAUUAUUAACUACAUGACAACAUUGCAACCAGGGGGGAGAAAAAUGGAUAUUCUGUGUAAUAAAUUUCUAAAGUUUGCCCACAGCUCCAUUGGGAUUGCUGGAGGAGGCAGGAUUUAUGACCUAUACUGCAGCCUGUCACCAGAGGGUGCUGCUCUCAUGGUGGCUUCACCCAGCGAGGAGGCAGACGGUGUCCAUUUUAUAUACAGUCUAUGGACUAGAUCUACCUAACAUUAAUAUACGAAUGACUUAUUCUUUAAUAUUUCGAAGUGCAGGGAGAGUGAGUCUCUCCGAUUUAUGUCACGAUUUUACAGAAAAAAAGAUUUACUUGAAUCAGAACAUGAAGUCCUGUUUGAGCUAGGACAUGAAAACAUACAUAAAAACAUAACAGCCUUUGUGAUGAAACUUUAUUUCACUAAAAACUAAUAACAGUAAUAACACCCCUGAACUGUUGAUCUUUCAUAUAUGACCCUGAAACACAGGCCUUACACACUGUAUAGAUAUAGCUCCAUGUCACAGUGCAUGUAACUGUACUGACUUCUGCCCUGCUGCAGCGCUCAAACUUUGAACCCCAACACCUCUCCAUGCACCUGUAGGCUCCAGUUAUUAGAUACAAGGUAUAAUCACCACUCAGUCUCUGCAUGUGGGUGAUGAGGUCAAAUCUAUGUGCAACAAAAAGUUCUUCUGCUGCAAGAGAAGUUUAAACCAACACAGCAUGUGCUUGACUUGAACGACCUUUCAGCUUUGCUUAUUCAGCCUCAUGAGAUACAAAUUAAAAAUACUCAAAGAAAUACUCUCACAAAAAGCAAAAAUAACACUGUAAGCACUCUGGACCAUGUGUUUGAAGACUUUCAGGGUUAAGAAUUAAAAUAAGAGCUUUCUCUUCAGAAAGCGUGUCCCAGUUAUUCAGGAUCAGAGGACUUCAAAGUGAGAUUGUGGCCUUUAAGACAAAAUCAAAACAGCUGAUUCCUUUAAAUCAUAAAGACAAGGGCUCUUUAAUAUUCAAAGCCUUUCACUUAAGUGUGAAGUUUUGGAAAUCUAAUCUAAAACUAAAUGUUUUUCAAAGGACAGAAAUAUUUGUCAGCUUUUUGUCUUUGCCUGAGUUAAAGGAAGCUGAGGCAGGAUGCUUAGACAGGUAUCAGUGUGUCAGGGAUCAAGGCUGCCGUCAGGACUUUGACUUCUAUUAAAGCACAGAAAAGAACAAUUUCAUACUGAGUUGAAUAAAUGCUUUAAAGAUGUGCUGAUAACCUUCCUCUGUGUACUUUGAGUCAGACAGUGCUACACAGUGUGAGCUCUGCUGUGAUCACUCUGUUACAAAACCACUCAAAGACCAUUUGCAGAUGAAUAAUUUCCAUCCAGAGUCUGUGGAAUAAUGGUUAUAAAGUGUUUGCAGAGAUGCUAGCAGUGUGUCUUCAGAGCCUGUUUUGAUCUUUAAUUCAUACAGAUCAAGUGGGCUUCACUGCCGGACACCUCACAUCCAAUAACAUGAGGAGACUUUUCAAAUAAAUGUCAAGAGACAUCAAUAGAGCAACUAGAGGAAGCAAUAUCACCACAGUCUCUGACAGGAUGAGAAUCACUGUUCAGAGUUUGACUGAAAUUAAAUGUGGCUUUAGCACAAUGUGCGCGCAGCAGACUGAGGCUUUUAGUUGCUGUUACUGCAACAUUAAAUCUUCAUCUGCUCAGCCUUUUAGAUCAAAUAGUCAGUGUUAUCCUUCAUCUCCUCUCAUGUUUAUGUUUGAGCCAUUAGCAGCGCUGUUAAAACGCUCCAAAAGAACCAACAUCAUCUUUAUUGCCAUCAGUUUGAAAUCCGUCCUUUCACUGAUGACAUUUUAUGAUUGCUGCAUGACUCAUUUCUUUAUUUUUGAUGAAUAGAAAACAUAAUAUCAGUAAUUUACACAAAUCUGCAGAUGACAAAAUAUUACACAUCCUAAAACACUGACAAAAAGAGACUCCAGUGGACAAAGAUGGUCUAUUAUAACAUACAAUACCCCUUUUGUAGAGGUUUCCAUUGCAGUGUUCCAGAACUUUUUAAAGCCCCUGUGAGGAACUGUCACUUUGUGUUGAUUUUGGCACCCCCCAGUGGACAGAGAGGUCUUUUCAUAAAAUGUGUUACUUGUGUCUCUUGACCCAAAUUUUAUUCUGCUCUCCAGCAGCAGUAAAAUGGUGACAGUCUUUUCUGUAUUAUACAGGAUUUAGAAAAUCACUCAGCUCCCCUUUUGCCAGCAGUCUUAGGGCUCUAUUUUCGUGUACGCUGGUGAGGCAGCAGAGGGCGGCGGACCCCGCGCAGUUGUAUUUUCGUCUGGCAGAGCCUGGCGUACAGCCAGUUUGGUAUUUUCGUGGACUGAGGCGCACGGAGGUGAACCGAGAUCCGCCAAGCUGGGCGUGGUGGCGUGGCAGGGGGAGGUGUCGACAGAAUCAGCGGGCGCAGUGACAUUUUCGUGCUCGCCAGUGGCGUGUAAAGUGUACUGAAAGCUCGCCGAUUCAGACCUGGUCAGCUUUCAGCGCAAGGCGGAACGCAGCUGGUCCAGUAGUAUUUUGGUAGACCGGCGGCGUAUCGACAUACGUCACUGAUGCCUCACCGGCAGGUUUCCACAGUGUCAGGCACAUUUCAGUGCAAUAAAUAAUCAUCAACAACUAUUAAUCUGAGUCAGCACAUACAUUUAGAUCUAUAUCGAUAUAUUCUGAUCUAUAUCUGAUCUGAUGAGCGCGUUUGGCACGCGUUUGGACACACAACCUGAUCCAAUCUACACAGCUGAAACCGCAUUAAAUUAAACUAAAUAUCUAGUAAAUAGACAUACAUGAUGAAGUUUACAAGAUAUGUAAUUUGUCUCCCUCCUUUUCUUUCUUCCUCUUCCUCUUAUUUCUCGCGCAGCUCGACCUGGACAUGUCUCUGUGUCCUCUCCCCGUCCUGCUGCAGCGGCGGCUGAACAGAUGAUUUGUUUCAGUGAUCAGAUGAGUUAUCUACUUUAAGCCGACAUACGGAUAUUAUAAUUUUCAGUUUUGUGAACAAAAUUUAUUUUAUAUGCCAACAUCUAUGAAAGAAAGAGCCAGGCCACGAAGCGGGAUGCGUCAUUUACGCACAUAUGGUUCCGAUUUUAAUGCCAUUUUUGGAGUUUAUGUUGUGAUCUGUGCGCACAACCCACCUUUGUCACGUGAGGUUUGAAUGUAUGCAACUUUAUGUGAGUGUCUUUAUUUGUGGAAAAGGGUGUUUGUCUUACCAGUGGGUCCAACAUUACACACACCAAAUUCAUCUGUGCUCAUAUGAGAGAGUGUGGAGGACGCCCAAUGCAGCGCUUACAGUGACACUUGUUGAGGAGCUGCCUUCUGUCGCCAUCUUGUGGCAUUACUGUCUUCAGACAUCUCUUGAUCUCUUUGACUACUUCACGAAAAUUGUAAUACGCCUUGCUGGUGGCGGAUUUAAAGGCAAGGAGAGGACCUGAUGUGAUUGGUGAAAACUGGUCUCGGCUGUGUUAAACCCACUCCACGCCCUCUUUCCUCCCUUGCUACGACUUUCGCCGCUGGGAGGAGCUGAGUUAGGGAGGGGGGAUACUAAUGCCGGGCUGCGUCGCUCACCAAAAUACCAAAUUGUGCUUGAGAAUGCCUUGUAGGCGCAGCGGACCUGACUUACGCCGCGCCUGCGGCACGUCUCCGGCGAGGCACGAAAAUAGAGCCCAUUGACUCUGCGUUUUGAACCAAACAGUGCAAACUUGUUUCUAGUCAUCAUAAGUCCAAUUUUUGUGACCUUUUGCCCACUCAUAUCUCUUUUUCUUGUUCUGUGGAUGAAGUUGUGUUUUUUUUGCAGAUACACAAUCCUUCAGACCGGCCUUACUCAAACUUCCUUUCACGGUUGUCAGAGAUAUGGGUUUCGACCUUGUCAUGUUGAUUUCCUCCCUUAUUUGUGGUGCUGUCUUUCGCCGAUCUCUCUUACUGGUGACAAUGCUAUGUUUAUCCUCUGCUUUUGUAGUAACUCUCUUUCGUCCAGGUCUUUUUCUAUCAUCAUAACUUCCAGGUUUCUCUAGUCUCCUUAGAGUCUAGUGGACUCCUUUGUUAAACACCUUUAGGCAUUUUGCAAUUUCUCUUUCUGUGUAUCCUUCUUUCCUUAAUGUACAAAUCUGUACUUUUGUUUUUUUACUCAGUUGCCUCUUUCUAGCCAUUUUUGCGGUAGUUUGAAGGCUGUUGAGAUUUAUUAGGAUUUUUGUAUAAAGACUCUCAAAAGCCAAAAAGUUGAAGUGAAUAAUCCAAUUGUGAUUUGUUUUCUUGCUUUUGCACUGAAGUUGUGACUCUUGCAAAUGUUUUCAACCCUAAAACUAAGCCCUUAUUGUCUUUUGCUGACAUAUAUUUAGCAAUGGUCUGUUAACAUCAAUGUACAGUACAGGCCAAAAGUAUGGACACACCUUCUCAUUCAAUGCAUUUUCUGUGUUUUCAUUACUAUAUAAAUUGUAGAUUCUCAAAACUAUGAAUGAACACACGUGGAAUCAUGUGCUUAAGAAAAAAGUGUGAAAUAACUGAAAACAUGUUUUAUAUUUUAGAUUCCUCAAACUAGCCACCCUUUGCUUUUUUGAUAGCGCUGCAAACUUUAGCUGUUCUCUCAAUGAGCUACAUGAGGUAGUCACCUGAAAUGGUUUUUACUUCACAGGAGUGCCUGAAGUAACCCUGACAAGGUACUUCUGUCAUCAAGACCAAAGGAUGGCUAUUUUAAAGAAACUAGAAUAUAAAACAUGUUUUCAGUUAUUUCACACUUUUUUUUAUAAGUACACAAUUCUACAUGUGUUCAUUCAUUGUUUUGAUGCCUUCAGUGAUAAUCUACAAUGUAAAUAUUCAUAUAAAACAAUAAAGAAAAGACAUUGAAUGAGAAGGCGUGUCCAAACUUUUGGCCUGUACUGUAUAUCUGAAGGUAAAUGGAGUAAAAUGGUGCAUUUCCAUGAAAGCAACAUCUGAUCAUGGAGUAAAUACAUUACAUGUUACAAAAACAAGCCAUUCUUCGAGCUAGAUGAAUGAUAUUGAUCUCUAUGCACAGCCGGUAGCCGGGCGAGUGUGCAGGGACCGUUGGCAAGUUGCAAUACAAGACCAAGACGCUGCAAACAACAAUCAAUAGCUCCACUGUUUUACAGUACAGAGACUCCUUGGUGUGUGUGAUGAUUUUGGAGUACAAGUAUAUAAGUAUUUGGAUAAUGAGUUGUGGCCACGUAUUGAUUUUUUUUUCCAACGUCACCAGAAGGGCUCUGUAAUUUUGGGCUGUUUUGGUGUGAUUUUCUCUUUUGCAACAUAUUUCAUUUUUCUUCUCAAUCUUCGACUCAGCCUUGUGGGUUACUGUACACACUGAGAUGAAAAGACAAAAUAGUCUUCAUGUUGAAAUUUAGACUUUUAAUCCAUGCAAAUGAAAGUGAGAAAAUCAAGCAGGAGGUAUAAGACCUUGUAGUUAUACUUAUAAACAACAGAUCUUUUUAAUGAAAGUCGCUGCUCUAAAUUGACUUUGUCUUUUCUUUGCAGAGUGGCCAGAGUUUGUCUCCAGUUACGCCCCCUGGUGGGCAUCUCACGCUCUGAGCUGGUUGAAGUUUGGACGCCGCCUGCUGGUGGUGCACUACGAGGAGCUGCAGAGGUCUCUCCUCUCUCAGCUCCACCUCAUCACCACUUUUCUGAAUGUCUCCACGACUGAGGAGAGGCUGCUGUGUGCUCAGACCAACCAGGACGGACAUUUCAAACGCUCAGGGGGGCAGAGACCCUCUUUUGACCCCUUCACUACUGAAAUGAGGGACUUGAUCGACCCCUUUAUCCGAAGUGUGGACGAGGCGCUGCAGAGCAGGAACUUUAGCAGACUACCACAAGAGUAUUUACCCAGAUGAUGAUGAGAACAAGUCAAACAGGUUUAAGAACUGGUCCUGCAGAGAGACGGUCUUCAUAGGAAACCUUUGCACAGGCUGUCUGACUCUUUGGUACUCACACUGUGAGUGACUGCAGAAUCACAGAAACACAUGGGGUCACAGGGGGAACAUGAUUCAAUGUGGAUCUGGUGAACACUGAGGAAAACCUCAGCAGGGCUGCCUCUCUGAGAGCCGUAACACGAAGAAGACUCAGAGAGGAUUUGACAUGAUUUGUUGGCCUGCAGAGUCGGGAUUAUCCAGCAAAGUGCCGACUGCACAAAUAUAAGUGAGUUAAUCCCUGAUGGACUCAAUCUGGAUGAAAAGGGUUUUCUGUGGCUCUUUAUAAUUUCACUUUAGGACAUUUAAUGUGUUUUUAACAUACAAUAUACCAUGUUAAUAAAGGUUCAACGUCAUACUAACACGGAUGACAACCGCAGCAUCAGCAUUACCCGGACUAGACGGACUAUAUGAGAAUCUGCUGGCUACUACAGGUUUACAAUCAUGUCGGAUUAAAGUGUCAGAGCGGCUUCACAAGGCUGAGAGGAAACUCCAUACAAAAAGUUCAUGAACUCAGAAUAUGAUUUGUGCUUCAUGCUUUAAAAUGUAAACGAAGAGCUGUUUCCAUGAGUGGAAUAUUUCAUUAAAUUCAUUUGGUUUACACCCACGCUA